CAGCAAUCUUCCCUACCAUCCAUGUGUUUCUACUGGCAAAGUGCCGCUCGAGCAGAGGAUGGUUUUCGUUCAUAUCGGUGUGUAGUUCUACGGCGCAUUACUGUCGUCUGGUAUAUAUUCACAAGCUGUUUAACUGCGAUUCUCUUUCAUCCUGAUGUACAAAUGACCCUCAUCACGAUAUUCUUGCACUCUAGCUAUCUUGUUUUCGUAUACGUUUUCGUGUUUUUGUCGACUAGAAUGCUUUCAUCAAGAUUUUUGUAUACUACUUCACUCGUUUGAAGCCUCGGUGUACUUCAACCACUGCAGACACGACGUGCAUUUGCGUG